UCUAUUGGCAAACACAACGGGAAACGAGGAUAAGAUGUGGCGUGGCGAAGUCUCAAAACAUGCAUUUGCGCAUAAUCGCGUGUGGGACAGCCACGUUUGACUUAAUUUACCCAUUCUUUAAUUUUGUGCACUAUUCCCUUCUCCAUUGUCUUUUUCUCCCACAAUAUAAUACAAUAGCAGAGACUCUGUGAAAAGUGAAGAACAACAAUGUCGACGUUGAAGGUGCCUCAAUCUCCUCCCUCCGUUGCCGAUGACUGUGAGCAGCUACGAAAAGCCUUUGCAGGUUGGGGAACUAAUGAGGGAUUGAUUAUAUCGAUCUUGGCUCAUAGGAAUGCUACACAAAGGAAGCAUAUCCGAGAAACUUAUGCGCAGACCCAUGGAGAAGAUCUCCUCAAGGUCUUGGACAAAGAACUCACCAGUGAUUUUGAGAGGUUGGUUCGUCUUUGGACACUUGAUUCCACUGAACGUGAUGCAACUUUGGCAAACGAGGCAACUAAAAAAUGGACAGCAAGCAAUAGGGUUCUGGUGGAAAUAGCCUGCACUAGGUCCUCUGAACAAUUGUUAUCUGCAAGGAAAGCUUACCAUGCUCUUUAUAAGAAGUCUCUUGAGGAGGAUGUUGCUCAUCACACAACAGGGGACUUCCGUAAGUUACUACUACCUCUGGUUAGUUCUUAUCGGUAUGAAGGAGAUGAGGUCAACUUGACCCUGGCAAAAACUGAGGCAAAAUUGCUGCAUGAGAAGAUUACAAAUAAAGCUUAUAAUGAUGACGACUUCAUCAGGAUUUUGGCCACAAGGAGCAGAGCACAGAUUAAUGCUACUUUGAAUCACUACAAAGAUGCAUUUGGAAAAGAUAUCAACAAGGACCUGAAGGCUGAUCCAAAGGACGAGUUCCUAGCUCUAUUACGAGCAACUGUGAAGUGCUUGGUCCAUCCUGAGAAGUACUUUGAGAAGGUUCUUCGUUUGGCCGUCAACGGGCGAGGAACUGAUGAAGGAGCACUUACAAGAGUUGUGGCCACAAGGGCCGAGGUUGACUUGAAAAUUAUAGCAGAUGAGUAUCAAAGAAGGAACAGUGUCCCUCUUGAACGUGCCGUUGCGAAGGACACCACUGGUGACUAUGAGAAAAUGCUUCUGGCGCUUUUAGGACAUGAUGUUGCUUGAAUAUUCCUCUGUGGUACCUGUGGCAUAGGUACUAAAUAAUUUGUGGUGUGCUGGUUAAUUCAAUGGUUCCAUGUUAUUGUUGUGUUUUGGGGCCAUUAUUGUCUUCCUAAGUUGAAUAAAAUAGACCACUUUGGCUCACUUGGUGGAGUUUUGAAGACCCUAGAAUUUGUGUGGUUCAGAUUUUGUAAAUCACGAGUGACUUUUACGAAGUUAAAUAUGUAGGCAACAAAGAUUGGUUUGUUGGUGAGAAUGUGACUUUUACUCCUUAA